UGCGGGCCUGCGGCGGCAGCAACAGAGAGCAGAGAUGCUGCAAUUCCCGGCGCUGAUGCGGCAGUGGCCAUCGCCGCCGCUGAUCCCGGCGUCCACGCUGCUCCCCGUGCCGGCCACCUCCCAGGAGGACGAGGUCCUCCUCGCCAUGGCCGAGUCCGACCUCGAGGACAAGUUGAAUGAGAUCCGGAAGACCAACAGCCACCUGAUUAUCAUCGGGAAGCCCACAGGCGACACCAAGGAGGAGUAUGACGCUGAGGUGGAGGACGACGAUGCAGACAACGUCGAGGAGUCUGAUGGCGAUGACUUCGACCAGGAGACUGGUUGACCCAGGCGGCUCCCCGCUCCCCCCAUGCUUCGCCGGCAUCCUUGAGCGUCGCCAUCCCCACUGCCCAGUCUGUAUUUCGCAAUCCCUGAGUCGCUCCUGCUAUCUAGAUGUUCUGUGUUACCCUAUUCUGCUGCUGCUGUCUGUUCCCGGAAUUUGAGCAUGUCCUUGUCAUGUGGACCUCGUCUAUGAAACUACUAGAUGAUUAAUCGAUCCAAUUUAAACGCUGU